AAUGGUGCCACCUGCGAGCAUCAUGAUAGGGCAAACCAACGUAUCCUCCAUUGCCGCGCGGGGAGAUGAUGAAAUCGGCCAGCCGGCAGAGCCGGCCUUGGUUCCUAAAGGAGCGGUUGGAAGUUGAAACUUUGGCCACUUCGAGCCGCAAACUGCUAUCCACAUCAUAAAUUCUAUUUCUAGCUCUCCGGUGUAACAAUUGGAUUGUAAGCAUUACCUCGCUUGUCUUUAAAAUUGGUGGUUUGCCUUUUGCCGCUGAUCACAGUGAACCGUCCUAUGUGAGGUUUUUGUUGCUCAGUUGUUGUUAUCCGUUCAUUCCUAUCUCUGUCCUUCAAAAAUGUCAGACCUCCGCCCCAACCAAUCCCUCCAAGCCCGGAAAUCAUGGAAAUCCGUCCGCUCCCUCCUGCACAGAAUCAGAUCCAACACCCUCACCUACGACCGACGCAAGUCCCGCGUUAUCAAUGGAUUCCAAGGCAAAGAUUCCGCCAGAACCUCAGAGCACUCCAUAGUCUCAUCCCCGUCGUCCGUGACCGAUAUCCCCGAAUCCAAAGUAGCAGCAGUCCAAAAGGCGCUCGUCGUGGCCCGGCAGGGCGAGUACGAGAUCCGACAUGACUUCCCCAUGCCCAUCGUCCAUGAUGACGAGAUUAUGAUCCAAAGCCACUAUGUCGGUCUCAACCCCAUUGAUUGGAAGUCGGUUGAUUACAAUUUCUGUUUGCCCGAGUUCCCAUGGGUUACUGGGCGCGAAAUGUCCGGCGUCGUCAGCCAAGUCGGUCCAUCUGUCGAGGGGUUUCAGGUCGGCGACCGGGUGUGGACGAGCACGUACUACAAGGACGUCCGCGCGGGGUGUUUUCAGGAGUAUGUUGUCGUGCCGUCACAUACCGUCUUGCCUAUUCCGAGCACGGUGCCGUUCGAAUCUGCAGCUUGCCUUGGUGUCGCAGCCCUGACGGCCGCGAUGACUUUGUGGAAAUGGCUUGGGGUGCCGGUGCCGUCGAACAGAGAAAAUGGUGAAGUAGAGGGGGAGGAGGAGUGGGUCUUGAUUUGGGGAGGAUCCACGGUGACCGGGCAGUUUGCUACCCAGCUUGCGGCGUUAAGCGGUCGGAAAGUUAUUACCGUCAACUCAGCGGAAACAAAGUCGCUGUCCGAAAGCCUAGGGGCCGACUAUGUUGUUGUUAGGGAUGAAAAGUUGAACGCGGAGUUAGUUGACGACAUUCGGAGACUCACACAUGGGAAGAUUACCCGAGCCAUUGACCUGGUAGGUGCGAAGACCGCUGCAUUAGUGUUGGAGGCUGUUUCCAAAGAUCAGCCUGUCGAAUUCGCGCCGCUGGCUAUGAUGUCGAGUUCCCAGGUCAUUCCGGAGAACAUCACUGUUCACACGGUGGAGAUGAAACAGUUUGUGUUGGAUAAGACCAACGUACAAUACACCGUGGAGUUGGGCAAGUUGCUUGAGGAUGGCAGGUUAGUCCUUCCUGAGUUACACCUGAUGGAAGGUGGUCUGGAAAUCGUCCAAGAGGGCCUCGACAUGCUAAAGAAGGGAAAUAUGAAGGGGAAGAAACUGGUUGUCAAAAUGUAAAUGGCUUUUACAGGAGACUUAAUGUCAUCGUCAGGUGCUGUCCUGUCAGGAUAACGCUGUCGCAUAGCUCGGUAUCUAAAAGGGCGUUCGGUGUUGGGAAGACGGUUGUUAAUUCAAGUGGAAUUAAAACGACGACGCAUGCUUGACCGUCAAAGUAGGCUCGGCCAAGUUCCAUAUCAUUUAAAAUUCAUAUUU